AUGGCUUCCAACGGUACAAACGGCGCCAAGGGUGCUUCCAAGUUCGACCCCAACUUCACAGACCAUGUCAUCGGUCUCAUGAGCCCCGAGACCGAACCCCGCCAACGCGAAAUUCUUACUUCGCUCAUCCGCCACAUGCACGAUUUCUGCAGAGACGUCGAGCUCAAGCAGGACGAGUGGAUCAUUGGUGUCAACUACAUCAACUCUCUUGGUCAGGCCUACAAGAAGAACCGCAACGAGACAUGGCGCGUGUGCGACAUUCUUGGCAUUGAGUCCCUCGUCGACGAGAUCAACCACAAGGUCGUCACCGAUGGCGGCAAGGCUCCUACAUCCUCCAGCAUCCUCGGGCCCUUCUGGUCUCCCGAGACCCCCUUCCGCGACAACGGCGCCAGCGUCGUUCAAGACAUGCCCAAGGACGGCCAGCUCACAUUCUUCCACGGCGUUAUCCGCGACGUUGACACCGGCAAGGGAAUCCCCAACGCCGUUUUCGACAUGUGGCAAGCUAGCACCAACGGUAAAUACGACGCCCACGACCCAGAGAACCAAACGCGCCACAACCUUCGCGGAAAGUUCCGCACCGACCAAGACGGCAAGUUCUGGUUCUACUGCCUCAAGCCCACCGAGUACGCCAUCGACACCUCUGGUCCUUCCGCCGAGCUCCUCAGAAUCAUGGGCCGUCACCCUUACCGCCCUGCGCACAUUCACAUCAUGGUUACCCACGAUGACUACCUUGGUGUUACUGCUCAGCUGUACCCCAGCGACGAUCCUUACCUCGAGACCGAUACUGCUUGCGCUGUCAAGGACGACCUCCUCCUGACCUUCAAGCCUGUCAAGGAUGAGCCCAAGGGCGCUAUUCUCGAUGUCGAGUACAAUGUCAACCUUGCUUCUAAGAAGUAUAAGCCCGACAACACCAUGCUGAUGCAGAACGCCAACCAAGACAAGUUCUAA